UCCUGGAGGGACCGCUGGGCUGCGGAGAGGACGAAGAGGACGAAGAGGAAGAAGACAGGAAGAGAAAAAGAGGAAGAAGAGGAGGAUUUUUCACUUUAAUUCAAGAUGAAAGUGUGCGUGCUGGUCCUGGGUCUGGCCCUGGUUCUAACCGUCUGUGUGGCCCGGUCUCCGUACCAGGCGGUCCUGCAGCACAGCCGGAUCAGAGGCCGGCAGCAGGGACCCAACGUCUGCGCCAUGCAGCAGCUCAAAGGCACCAACAAGAAAUACUUCACCAACUGCAAACAGUGGUACCACCGCAAGGUCUGCGGGAAACCCACGGUGAUCACCUACGAGUGCUGUCCGGGUUACGAGAAGAUUCCUGGAGAGAGGGGCUGUCCUGCUGCGCUGCCUCUGGUGAACAUCUACAACACUCUGGGUGUGGUGGGAGCCUCCACCACUCAGAUGUACUCUGAACGAGCCAAACUGAAGGAUGAGAUUGAAGGUCCGGGAAGCUUCACCUUCUUCGCCCCGAGCAACGAGGCCUGGGCCGCCCUGCCGACAGAGAUCCUGGAUGCUCUGGUGAGCAACGUGAACAUCGAGCUGCUGAACGCUCUUCAUUACCACAUGGUGAACCGCCGGCUGACCUCCGAGGAGCUGAGACACGGAUCCUCCUUCACCUCCAUGUACCAGGACUUCCACGUCCACAUCCACCACUACAGCAACGGGAUUGUGACGGUAAACUGCGCUCGUUUGAUCAAACCUGACCAACACGCCACUAACGGCAUCGUGCAUGUUGUCGACCGUGUCAUCACCGCCAUUUCCAACAAUGUGAACACGUUCAUCGAAAUCGACGAGGACCUGGAGACGCUGCGCACGGCGAUGGCUGCUGCAGGUAUGGCCGCCAUGUUAGAGAACGAGGGUCAGUACACCAUCUUCGCUCCCACCAACGAGGCCUUCGAGAAGAUUCCUCCAGAGACCCUGAACAGGAUCCUGGGAGACCCCGUGGCUCUGAGAGACCUGCUGAACUACCACAUCCUAAAGCACAUUCAGUGUGCAGAGUCCAUCGUGUCAGGGACCCCGAUGGAGACCCUGCAGGGCACCGUGCUGGAGGUGGGCUGUGACGGAGACCAGAUGACCCUGAACGGGAAGGCCAUCAUCACCAAGAAAGACCAGCUGGGAACCAACGGAGUAAUCCAUUACAUCAACGAGCUUUUGAUCCCCGACUCAGCCAAGGUCCUGCUGGAGCUGGCUGAGGGUUCAUCCGUCUCCACGGCAACCAAGCUGUUUGUGGAAGCCGGUCUGACCCCCCACCUGACAGGCUCCGAGGCUCUGACCAUGCUGGCUCCUCUGAACGACGCCUUCCUCCCCUCUGGCCUCGCCAUCCAAGAGCUCGAGAACAGAGGUAAUCUGGAUAUGAGUCCUGAGAUGAGGCAGCUGAUGACCAACCACAUCCUGAAAGAGCAGCUGUCCUCCUCGUCUCUGUACCACGGCCAGGAGCUGGAGACGCUGGGAGGCCUCCGACUGCGAGUCUUCGUCUACAGAAACAACGUGUGCAUUGAGAACGCCUGCAUCGCCGCUCACGACAAGAAGGGGCGCUACGCUACCAUGUUCACUGUGGACAAAGUCCUCACUCCGCCCACGGGAACAGUCAUGGACGUCCUGAAGGCUCACGACCGCUUCAGCCUCCUGGUUGGCGCCAUCCAGACGGCCGGUAUGACGGAGCUGCUGAACCAGCAGGGGGCGCUGACCUUCUUCGCUCCCACCAACGAUGCCUUCAGCGCCAUGUCGCAGCCCGAGCUCAACAAACUGAUGCGUAACCGCCAGCAGCUGGAGGCCGUGCUCAGGUACCACCUGGGGGUGGGCAUACUGGUCAGCGGGGGAGUCAGCUCUCACACCAGAGUCCAACCUCUGCAGGGGGAGAAGCUGGAACUGGGCGUGAGGAACUACACGGUGUACGUCAACAAGGUCCCGGUGGCGGACGCAGACCUGAUGGCCACCAACGGAGUUGUCCACGCCGUCAACAGCAUCAUCAGACCUCUGCCUCCGAAGGUGGACCGAGAGCAGGCUGACGGACCUGCAGCUCCUCUCAGAUCAGCUUCCUCCUCCGUGGCCGACUCCAAGAGCUUCAGGAACGAUGAUCUUUUCCAGAAGGUGGUCAGGAGUCGCUCCAGCAGGACGAUGAACAAGAGUCAGUAACGACGGAGGAGGAGGAGGAGGAGGAGGAGGAGGAACAGACGUCAGCAGAACGUCUGAAGAACCAAAGAACCAACAUGUUCUCCACCCAAAGUGUCAAAGGUCCCAAAUCUGACAGGAAAAAUCCCCCUCAAGUCCCCGAACGCUGCAACUUGUUUCUGGAUUCAAACAUUUCAUCGAUCUGUUCAUUAACAAACGUUCCAACUCAAACAGCUGAUUUAUGAAAUAUCUUUUAUUCUGUUCUCUUUAAUGAAGUUAAGAUGAUCUGAAGGUAAAAUUUGUGCUUUUGUGAAUGGAGUCUGGUGCUCUGAUGUGACACCUAGAGGCAGAGAAACUCUAUUAAUACAGACACUAAAUGACUCUACAGCUUCUCUGGAGGGUGUUGGAGGGCAUUCUGGGAAAUGUAGUUGAAUCCCACAGCGUGAGAGGAUCUGAGAGGGAUUUUUCUUCUUCGUUGGUUUGUGGAGAAGAAGAUGAAACAAAGAAGUUGAUUUUUUAUUUUUUACCAAACUCAGUGUUUUGUUUUUUGUGUACUGUAAAGAAAUAACUUCCUGAAGUCCAAAGUUUGAACUCUCACAUGUAAAACUUUGUAAAGUGUGUUUUUGUUGUUGUUGUUGUUGUUGUUUACUCUGUGUGUUGUUGUCCUGCAGCAUGUCGGCAGGUUUGAGAUAAACAAAACCAGAAAAGUGACCUGAUACUUUUUUUUGUAAAAUAAAUCUAAAAAAUUAAAA